AUUUUCUAUCUCAUGUAGAAGACAGAUCAUCCUUUCACAUCAAAACAGGAAGUGUGCAGUGUCUUGAUUUAGCCUAUUUGAAUGUUCUAGAGGAAACAACUGCAGCAUUCACAUCUGACUGUUCAAGAUGGCAGCGCUGUUCUUUUCAUUAUUGCUGUUCUGUCUUGUUGCUUGGUCAGAGGGCAAAAACAUUUAUUCUCGAAACGAAGGUGAAAAUGUCACUCUGACGUGUUCAUCAAGUACAAAUACUGGCUACAUUGGAUUAUAUCUGUAUCAUUCUUUAAAUGAGACAAAAGAGGUUUUGUUCCUUAACAGUCAGUCUCCAGAACCUUCUGUUCGAGCUAACUACAAAGGCAAAGUUGUCUGGAAUGGAUCUUUCACAACCCUCAACAUCACAUUGACAAACCUGACUGCCAACAGUGAGGGUAUCUACACCUGCGAGUACAAAUCACAUUCACACGAACCUCGGAUGUCCCAAAUCUACGGACUUCAUAUCAAAGGCCUAACAGAACAGAGAUGCAACAUGAUAGAGUCGACUAAAGCUUGCCCCUCAGAUUCACGCAUCCUGAUGAAAGCUAUCAUUCUCAUUUGCAUUUUCUUCAUGGUGAUAGUGUUCAUCCUCGUGUUUCCAAAGAUAAAACAAAGAAUGAACAGGGAAAACACCACAGAACAGAAUGCAACAAAAGGUCCCAGACCCUUCACUGAAUUUGUGUAUGAAGACAUGAGAAAGAACUCUGUUUACUCCCGUGUAGGUCAUCCGCAGUACCCACAAGCCUGACAAACUAGAGCAGCAUUACUGUAAAAACUUUAAAAAAUAUCCAAAAGGAAUUUGACAUAAGGUUCAUGUUUUUUUAUUAUCUAUUCUUGUCAGUUAUUUUACAUUUUAUUACUCUUUAUGAUCCACUUUGUGAGUUAGUUGGAAGCCUAACUUGUUAGGAAAUUUGAUUGAGGAAAUGAAAAAAAACAAAGGGGAGGAUGUAAAUGAAUAAACUUUCAUGCAGCAACAUUUUCUUACAAUACUGACCACUAAUUAAUGAAAUGUUUGCUAUUGGUUUCUUGAAGCACUUGGAAAAAAACAGAUUACGGGAUCCUAUUUUUAAAAAAUCAAUCUUCAAAAAGUGAGCAGUAUGACUGAUUAAAAGUUCUUUAUGUGCAAAAGUUAACAUUUUCUGUUAAUAAUAAAUGUGUUUUGUAAAAAAUAUUUUAAAAUGUUUCAUGGAUUAAAGGUGUGUUAUAAUUUUAAAACAGUAAUUCCAUUAUAACUAUUUUAUUUUCAUACUAUGGUUGAAAACAAGAGAUGCUAUGAAAAGAAAUAGCUUCAUUUUGUGUCCGUGGUCUUGUGUCUGCACGCAAUGACAGUUUGUCCAUCUGAGGAGCAACAUCAAAGUGUGGACUACUUUAUUCUGCUUUAAAAUAAAGACCCUACAUGAUGUCAAAGCGACUGCUUGGCCAACUAAAGGAAAAAUGAGGAGAUGAUGGAUGAAGAUGGUGAACCAGCCCCAGAAAUGGACCAGGAGUCAUCCAGUUCACCUCACUGAGGAGUCAUUUCAAGCAACAAGUGGAGCUCGUGUCCUCAGGACCAGAAAAGAAAGAAAAACUGUUUUCUCUUGGAUUUGAAGGCAGGACUUAGACUACGCUUAGAACUUAACAUAUGAUGAUGCCAAGCUGUUAUCCCAAUUAUAUCAUGGACACUUACAAAAGAAAUAAAUAUUCAAUAAUUUUCAAGUACUUUAUUCUUCUUAUUUGUUUGGUUAAGAUUCCUUUUUUUUUGUUUUUGCAAAAAGCGCACCAUUUGUUGUGCAAUGUGGCGCUCAGCCACAGACCUUGACUGCAGUGGCUAAGGAAACGGAUACAUAUGCAGGUUGUCAUGAUUGGUUGAAUAAAGUCUCUGUUCAGAGAUAAAUUUCUCCUCUGAUCGCUUGUUUUUAUCCAGAUGAUGAAGCAAAAGUUUGUUUCAAAGAAACAGUUCAGUUCUUCCAGUGUCACCUCCUCAUCUUCUUCCCCUUCUUCUCCUCUUCUCCUCUGCUGCAUCCCAGUCUUCAAAGUGAUUAAAAUUCAGCAAACUAUAAAAUCAAGUGUCUUUUUGACUGUCUUCUUGUUGUAAUAAACUAAAUAAAGUAUUUCAACAUAUGUAUUAUGGUU